CUUACCAGGCAACCCCUCUCCUCUCUGCGGCUCUUGCCCCAGCCCUCUUCCCUUCACUCCAGCUUCUGCUUGAACUAGCUUGUUACCAUCUACUAGUGACUAGCAGCUCAGAAACGACAAUUUCACGCGAGCCCUCAGAGAGCGCGAGAGCCUCAGACAGCCUUCCCCUCGGCCUCAUCCUAGAAAAUGUCUCCUGUAGCUCUCCGCUGGUAGCAAAACUCCUACUUAUAGAACCCAGGGUGUGUUGUUGUCAGACCAAUUCCGUCUAGAUUCAUUGAAUGAGAUUCAAAGGGGUGAGGAUCCUGAAGAAUAGAUAGGAUAGUAGCAGAAUAGGAGAGUCCGCGGGGAGAGUCAGCCUCAGGCUGUUUCCCAGGGCGAGGAGCAGCAUAUGGCGCCAGCGUCUGACUCCAGCUGAAAGACCAGACGGCUGAUGCUGUGAACGUGUCUCCAACUUCAAGAUGCGUUGGCGGCACCACCAACGUCCUGAGAGUCACUCAUUUAGUAUCCAAGGGAGUUAUUUGCUAUCUGGGAGAUGCAGCAUGACGCGCGCACACAGGGGCAGACUGGGGGAACGGGGACCGCAUCGGCCUCGCAGUCGCAGCGGCAAAUACUGCCGCGGCCGCAGCAAAGGUUGCAGCAGGUGCAACAUCAGCAGAUGCAGCAUCAGUCGAUGCUGCAGCUGCAGCAGUUGCAUCAGAUGCCACAUCAGCAGAUGCUGCAGAUGCAGCACAUGCCACAGUGGCAACAGAAGCUACAGCCGCAGCUACAGAUGCAGCAGCAGGCUCAGCCAGCGCAGCUACCACAAGACCGGAUCCAGCAGCUGUCGUCAAAGCUACAGCCGCUGCUACAGCCAAACUUGCCACAACUACCCCUACAAGGUGAGCCUUCAGUCGGUGCAAGCCCAUCAGAGCCUAGCAGACGCAUGAAUAUGCCCCGCAACCGGAACUACAACCAGCCAGGGAAGUACCGCGGAGUGAGAAAGCGAGGGGAGUUUAGAUACAUAGCAGAAAUUAAGGACACCAGUAGUGGGGUCCGGAAGUGGCUGGGGACGUUUGCAACUGCAGAGGAGGCUGCUCUGGCGUUCGAUAGAGCGGCUGUGGAGAUCCGAGGAGCAAAGGCUAAGCUUAACUUCCCAGAAGGUUUUAAUCCGGGAGAGGGAGGAGUAGCCUCGGGGCCUGCAGCAUUGGAAGCAGCAGGUAUGAAGGGAAUGGCAGGCGGCGGUGCAGGGAAGGAUGGUGGGAGGAAAGGACUUGGAGAGAAGAAGAAAGGGGUUGGACAGGUUGGGGAGGGCGGUACUACUAGGAGCUCUCGAUGGAAAGGGAAGAAGGUGGAGCAUGUUGAAGAUGCUGCGGACGGGAGAUGGAUCGGAGAGGCUGCGGGUACGACACGGCCUUUCAGAGAGGGAACAAGCGAGGGGGCGGCAGCAGCGGCAGCAGCAGCAGGAACAGGUGCAGGAUCAGGGGCAAUAUGGACAGCAGCAGUAGCUGAGGCUGCGGAAGGGGGAGGAGGACAAGGAGGAGGAGGAGCGGUAGCAGCAGCGGAAACCAGUGCGGGAGCAACAACACGCACCCCUGAAGCGAGCUCCACUGUCAGUCGCAGCAGCUCCAGCAGAGCUACCCCUUCCUCAUCCGACCCUUCCACCUCCGCCCCUUCCACCUCCGCCCCUUCCACCUCCGCCCCUUCCACCUCCGCCCCUUCCACCUCCGCCCCUUCCACCUCCAACCGUUCCCCCGCUGCCCAUUCCCCUGCUCCCCCUUUCCCCUCCGCUCCUUCCACGUCUGCCCCUCCCACAUCCACCCCUUCGCCCACUGCUCCUUCCACCUCUGUCCCUUCCACAUCUGCCUCUUGUGCCUCUGUCUCUGCCCCGCCCUUUACCUCCCCUGCGUUCUCCGCCCCUGCUCCUCACACCAGCAUGCUUUCCCCUUUCAUCGCGCCCGUCUCUUCCGGCCCUGCCGACACGCCAAUAUCCGGUGCUACCACGGAGGGGCAUACAAACCUGCUGUUUAAGUCAUCAGGUGCUGUCAUAAAUGAAAGGGAGUUACUGGGUUUUGAUGAGCCCGGAGCGGGCUUGGGAGGUUUGAAAGCAGCUGGGGUUGGGGUAGCUGCAGGUGAGCUGUGGUCUUCAGUCCUCGCAGAGGAAUUUUCCCAGCAGCUGCGGGGGUUUGAAGAAGCUGGAGGGAGUGGAGUUGGUGGGGAGAGAGGUGAGGACGGAGGAGGAGAGGGAGAGAUGUCUUCAGGGGAGGAGAGUAGCGGAAGCCGAGAGAGUGUGGGUGGAGAGGGUGGUACGGAGCUGGGGAUGGGGGAGGGUGGUAUGGAGCUGGGGAUGGGGACAGGGAUAGAUGAAGAAAUGGCUGGCCUUGGCACUGUUUCUCAUGGUAGUUUUGUGGCCGCGGUGAUGGGAUUGGGGGAAACUGAUCGGUACUAUCACACGCCACACCUCUAUCACUCCCAGAAACAGCAGCGGCAGAAAUUGGAGUUGCAGGUGCAGUUAGAGGAGCUUCAGCAGCAGCAGCAGCAGCAGCAGCAGCAGCAGCAGCAGCAGCAGCAGCAGCAGCAGCAGCAGCAGCGGCAUGCGAGAACCUUCUCGCGACGCAGCUCUGUUGAGCGCAGGGGUGAAAUGAAUAUCACGGCUGUAGCACGAUGCUCGUCUGCAGGCCUCACGAACGAUCAGCAGCAGGAGCGGAGGGGGCAGCAGCUGAGGAGCCACAAUCCAAAGUUGGAGCAAAACAGCACCGUUUCCGAGCUUUCCAAUCAGCCGUGGCCCGAGAAUCAAUCCGACCCUCGUUCCCGGCCUCAUUCCGAGCCCGUGCCUCUGUGGCCUCAGAGCCACAGUGUAUCUUUCCCCCUGGAGUCACCUGUCCUUAGAGCUCCAACCCCUGAGUACCUGCCUUCUAAGGGCGAUACAGGUGCUGCAGGUGGUGCGAGUGCUGUGGGUAAAGCUGGUGUUCCUGGUGGCACGGGUGCUGUGGAUGGUGUUGCUAUGGAUGGUGUAGCGGCUGCUGUAGGUGUAGCUGCUGCAGGUGCUGGUGUGGGUAGUGGAGAUGGUGGGGAUCACAGCAUGGUGGUUGAAGGGAUUGGCAGUGCUGCCGGUGCUGCUUGUGUUGUGGGUAUUGCGUUCUGCCCGGCCCGUUCUCCCAAAACGGAUCCGAGCCUCGCUCUUCGCAGGGUGAGGCGAACGCGGUCUCGGGACCAGGGGCAGCUGGACAGGACACUGCUGCACGCAUCAGCAUUCCAGCCUAGAGUGCCUGCUAGCAGGUACGGUCAGGGGCUCAUGAGGCUCUCACAGGGGCAGACGUGGGGCCCUGCUAGCAAGUACGGCCAGGGGCUGAUGGAGCAGCUGCUGCAGCAGAGAAUGUUGGACGGGCAGCAGAGGCCGUGGGUGGAGGAGAUGCUAAUGGUGCAGCAGCAGCAGCUGCAGCAGCAGUUGGUGGAGGAACAGUCCCAGCAGCAGCAGCAGCAGCGGCCAGUGCAGCAACAGCAGUUGGUGCAGAAGCAGGAGCACCAGCAGCAGCAGCAAGAGGAGAAGCAGCAAGAGCAGCAGCUGCAAGGGCCACUCAGUCCCUUCCAGCGCCCUCUCGUCUCUCGCAGCCACUCUGUUCCCACAGUGACCUCUCUUCUCUUGACCUCUGCACUCUUGACCUCUGAUGCCCGCCACUCACACCCUUUUCUUCCCACUCCCGCCUCACCACCUAUCUUUUUCAACAAUAAUGCCAGCUUGCACGUACACCAUGGCACGGAGCAGGGCAGUGCAGCCAGCAGCGACAGAGACGUGUUCAUGCAGGAAUUUCCAGCAGAGGGAUUUGAGGCUGCAUACGGUGGUGGUGGUGCUGCUUCUGCUGCUUCUGCUGCUGCUGCUGCAACUGCUCCUGCUGACCAGCCUAGUGCUGACCAGCCUAUUGGAUACCAGCACAUAAUGGCAGACAUCAGCGUUCCUCUGAGCGGUCCUCUGCCUCACCCCUCAGUGGAUGGGGUGCAUCUGGAGGGUCUCCAGGACGUUGCCUCUACACCCGAGAAUCGCACGUCCCCACUCUUCCUGGAAGCUGGGCCGCACACUGCAUAUGCUGCUGGGGGUCCCGGCUCCAAGCUUUCCCUGGAGAAUGUGUCACACGCUGCAUUUGCUGCUGGGGGUCCCAGCUCCCCGCUUUCCCUGGAGAAUGUUUCACAUGCUGCAUUUGCUGCCGGGGCUCCCAUGCCUCCAUCCCCACUCUCUCACGUCGAGAGUGCAGCCCGAUACAGGUACGAGAAUUAUUCCAGUGUUGUCCCCCUUAUGGAGCAUUCGGGAAUAGCCGGUGUAGGUUUGGGGGUUUGGGGAGAGGCUGCUGAUGUAGGAGGGUCGGCCCAUACAGUUGAUCCCCAACAUGAAGGGGCAAUCCCCGCUGGUGCUGGAAUCUACACCAUUGAUACACUAGAGAGGUUAUUGAUGGAUAAUGGGGAGUGAAGGGAAUAAGAGUAGCUGUGUGAAGCGUGAUUGUUUUUUUGUUGUUUUUGGCGUGAUUGGUUUUUUCUGAGUAGCCUAUUUGUUCAUUUCAUGUAUCCCUAGUAAAUUAUCAUUUUCAGC